UUACAAAGCGUUGGCUAAAGACAGGAAUCUCUCUCUCUCUCUCUCUCUCUCUCUUAGUCUCUUUCUUGUGAGAAUCUGUUGUUGCUGGUUCUCUUCCAUCUCCCGCAUCAUCAAUUCUCUCUCUGUCUCUCCCCCUCCACGCUUGUUUCUGUAUCUAUCUAUAUAUAUAUAUAUAUAUAUAUGAAAGAAGAUAGGUAUAUACAGAUGAUGAAUUGUGAAUGCAGAGUGGACAUGCUAUGAUCGCUGUGAUUUUCUGAUUGAGUAGUGCGUUUUUCUCUCUCCUCGAGAGAGAGAGAGGUAUGGGAGCUUGCGUGUCGAAGCCGGAAAGCUGUGCUGGGGCUCGAUUCAGUUCGUCGAAGAGGAAGAAGAAGAAGAAGAACAAGAGCAAUAGCAACAGAAACUGCUCUCCUCGCAAGCGCAAGAAACCAAUCCACCCUACAGCUUCCUCUCAUUUGUCCGAUCAAUCGCUUCCCAAGCUUGAUAUCUUCUCCCACCCGGAUCCUAUUUCUUACGCUAAUCCAACUUUCCACGCAGGAAAUACUGAGGAGGCGUGGUUUGAUUCUGCUGCUGUACUUGAGUCUGACUGCGAUGAAGAUUUCCAAAGCGUGCAGGAUGAUGAGCUCUCUCUGACUGGAUUAGAAGGUACACCCAUAUCAAAUGUUGCUUUGAUUAGAGAAUCCAAUCAUAAAGACUCUGUUGUCGCCUCCUCUUCCCCUGUUCAUCUACGAAGACCAGGAUACUUAUUAGCUGGAAAUUCUUUGUCCAACUCUGCCAGUGAAGUUGCUAAAGAUUAUUUGACUUCUGAUGCUGCUGACUCCAGAUCAAAACCAGUAGGAUCCCUAGAUGAAGGAAAGCAUCCUGUGUUUCGCGAUGAGAUUUUCUCUGCAAAUGAAGGUGCUGCCGGGGAUGGACUAUUAGAUAACUGUGGAAUUCUUCCAAACAACUGUCUGCCUUGUCUUGCUUCUACUGUCCCCUCAUUUGAUAAGAGAAAAUUGAGCUCAAGUCCACCACAUGCACCGAAAAAGGCCAUCUCAAAACUUUCCUUUAAAUGGAAGGAUGGACAUCCAAAUGCUGCUAUACUUUCUUCAAAGAUGCUGCUGCAAAGACCAAUAGCAGGUUCUCAAGUACCAUUUUGUCCAGUAGAAAAGAAGAUGCUAGAUUCUUGGUCAAACGUUGAGCCAGGUACUUUCAAAGUUCGGGCAGAGAACUAUUUGAGGGAUAAAAAGAAGGAGUUGGCACUGAAUUAUGCUGCAUAUUGUCCGUUUGGUGUUGAUGUAUACUUGUCUCCAAGGAAAGUUGAUCAUAUUGCUCGGUUUGUGGAACUUCCUGUUAUUAAUUCUUCUGGGAAACUUCCACCCAUCCUUGUUGUAAAUGCUCAGAUUCCACUUUAUCCUGCUUCGCUUUUCCAGAGUGAAACUGAUGGUGAAGGGAUGAACAUCGUUUUAUACUUUAAGCUGUCUGAAAGUUGCUCUAAGGAAAUUCCCUCCCAUUUCCAUGAUAGUAUCAAAAGAUUAAUUGACGAUGAGACUGAAAAAGUUAAAGGUUUUCCCAUAGAUACAAUUGUCCCCUUCCGUGAAAGGUUGAAGAUACUGGGUCGUGUAGUUAAUGUGGAUGACCUUCAUCUAAGUGCACCUGAAAGGAAGCUUCUGCAUGCUUACAAUGAAAAACCUGUUCUUUCACGUCCUCAGCAUAAAUUCUUCCUGGGAGAAAACUAUUUCGAGAUUGAUUUGGAUAUGCAUAGAUUUAGUUACAUCUCUAGGAAAGGAUUUGAAGCAUUCCUAGAUAGACUGAAGCUCUGCAUCUUGGAUUUUGGCCUCACAAUUCAGGGUAACAAACCUGAAGAGUUGCCAGAGCAGAUAUUGUGUUGUGUACGGUUAAAUGGCAUAGAUUACAUGAAUUAUCAACAACUGGGACUGAGUCAAGAGGCCCUUGAAUGAAGCUAAACAAAAGUGCAAGUUGAAUGAGUUCUUUAGGGGAAUCGAAAGUUUCCAGUGGAAACAGUGGGAUUACAGUUUGAGCAGGAAAAUGGUGACUGAGAGUAGAGCACCCAUGUGCCAAAAAAUAAAGAAGCUAAAAGGCAAUGAAUUGUUUAUAAGAUCUGGAGGAAAGAAAGGAGUAUGAAUAUUUGUUCUACAAAUUAAGAGCAACAAAUUAUGAGACUUCCAUGAAGCUGCAGCAAGUAGGGAAAUUGUACGCCAAUUUGGAAGUCAACUUGUCCCAUCUACUGGAUAUUCUUUAAUCUCUUUCCAGUUUAUGUUA